AUGUAUUGUGUGAGACGUAACGGCGACACACGCGAUCCAAAGUUGCUGUACAAGACACACCGACGAUCGUCGUUCAUGCUUCCCGCAUGCCAGCAAGAGCCAUUCAUGCCAAACCGGCGGCAAGCGGACAUCGACGUUCGAUUGCUCGUCGAGAGUCGCCGGCAGGUACGCACCGGCGGUACAACAUCCGUAACGUUCCACGCCGUCUUUGCACUCAAUCUUCUUGUCGACGUCGGCGUCUUCCAGUCCCAGCGCAUGACUAGGCAACGUGAGCCUCAAUCUCGUUCUGGACUGUUGCAGAGCCGGACGAAAGAGACUCGCCGACAAGUGAUUCCCGGGGCACAGCUUCCCCCGAUGACUUCUCAACAGCCCAGUGGAUCAGCCGAUUCGCACGUCACUUCUUCAACCGACGAUCGGCAGUAG